AAUCGGGCACUGCCGUCCACGGAUGUUACCGCUGAAACGCUCACGGACGCCUACGUUGCUUUCAUCUUUUACUGCAACCCACAGUUUGCGCUUGACACAGAUACAGACGUCUUGCGGGCGACCUUCAACAGCCCACCCAAGAGCGACAGCAAGGAGUUCCAAACAUAUGUAUUGUUUCGGCUAAUCCAGAAACUCGACGCUAAGGACAUUAAGACUUGGGGCCAAGUGGCUCUCGAUCUGGGCGUCGAAGCGCCCGAUAUCAACAAAGGUCAGAGUGUGCAGAAAGUUCAGCAGUAUACUGUAAGACUCAAGCGAUGGAUGAGAGCGAUGCAUAUUGAUGCAUUCUUCGAGUAUCUGCUCGGCAAGCAGCAUGCUUACUUUAAUGAGAUUCCACCUACUAGCACCCCAUAUCCGCCCGGUGGCAGAGACGGUGUGGCUCCCGAAGAAGACUUAGCUAUCAGAGCACUGGAUCCGACCUUUCGACCUAAGCGUGGUAGACGACGCAACUCUGAGAUAGAGCUUGAGGAGGAGUCCGCGGCGCAGCAUGGGCUGCCGGGAAGUGACCAUGGUCAAGUGAACCAAUUGAUGUCGGCUUAUCCACAAUCCGCACACCCCGACGGCGUCAAUGACCAUUGGGCGAUCGCAUCAGCGGUAACACCUCAGACAUUUGCUCCAUGGGCGAACAGUCAAGCGGGUCCCCAUACAGCUGUGACAACCACAGCACCCUCGCACCUUCGAUGGCAAUUACAUGGUAAUAGUAUGCUCACUUCCACGCCGCAUCCGAUGACAAGUCAGCCUACCUCUAUGACAGCGCACAUCGACGCAGCGUUUGACGCCAAUUCAAAGGCUGGCGCGACACCAGCUAGGAAAAGGCGGAAGAAUGGUCCUGCGGUGUCAAGUGCCUGGCCGUCCGCGAAUGCGCCCGGCGCCAAACCGAGAGGCAGACCACCUGUCAGUCGCAGUAUGCAGGACGGUCCUUAUAGCACCUUUCCUGCUGACCCUGCCAACGAGAAGGGCAGCAGCACUGGGCAGCCCGUUACGCUUGGCCGUAUCGGGUUGACAGAGUCUAUCCCCACGGAGCCACUUGUAAAACGCCCUCUGCUAAUGCAUCGUUCAAGCGAGAAGACCAAGCUAUCGCUACAAGUACCACAACAUACUGGCGGGCCUGUCCGGCUUGCCACGCCGCCACCACGAGUUCUUGUCAACGGUGAAUCGAAUGACAGCGAAGGCAGAAGCGUCACCCAUACCCCGGUAGUGGAGAGGCCAGCCUUUGCUCAAGACGGACACCAAUUCAGAGGCAGAGUGUUUGAAAACCUACAAACUGUGGAAAGAGACAUUCCAGGCUUCGCAUUCGAGGCGCUAAAGAGAGCCUUGACCAGCGAUCUCUUGCGUGCGAGCAUCGUCGGUAGACAGCAUCGACUAAGCGGAGAUGAGGCGAAGCGUCUCGCUGAUGCAGUGCUCCAUCGUCUAGGCGUGCCGCGCCAUGACACCGAUGCAUCUCGGGACGACAUUGCUCGGCUGACGGCCGCAUCCUGGCUUGGCUUAGGUGAACAGUUCAACGUCCCACUCGGUCCGGCAACCGGCCAUGGGAAACGCAUCGCUGUGACUCACUUUCGAACAGAUGCCGAUGGCUAUGAAGAGAUUGUU